GCCCGGCAGCGGCAGACGUGCUGGACGUGGUAUGGCAUCACGACGGCCGGCUGGUAGCAAUAGACGUGACCAUCGUAAACGCCGACAGCGACGAUGAUGCCCGCCAGAAUGCGUCCGCGAGCCGUGACGGAGAGGCGGCGCAGGGCAUCAUGCGGUCGCUUGCGCAUUAUGCAGGCAGCAAUCCGGCUGCCCUCUGGCAAGCCAUGUCCAUGCGCAUGCAGACGGCUUUGACGUGGCAGUUCGCCACCAGCGCAUGCCGCAGCUCCUCUGUGGCAG